CUGGCCGGGCGGGCUGGCGGGCCAGGGGGGCAGCAGAGAGAGGCCAUGUGAGCGGCAGUGGAUGCUUGGAACUGGCACCUGGAUGCAGGGAUGGGUGGCUGCAUGAGGGCUAACAGGUGGAAGCCCCAUCCAGACAAGACUGAGAUGAUGACCUGGAAGGAUACCACAGUUCCUCUCCCCAAGUGAACAGUGCCACGACGUUGCCACCCUUGCGUCUCAAUAGCUUGGUGAGGAUGGGACGCUCCUUACCAAGGAGUCGUCUGGAGAGAGCUGCAGUCCUUGAGUGUGGACCUCGUCUGUCAGCAGGACAAUCAGAUGCAGAAGGAAUUUAUUUGCUUUAUCAGUCUUUGCUGGAACCCAAAAAUGCUUUGAAACCGUAAACGGACUUGGCUGGACCAUCCCUACACAAAUUCACCAAAGAGCAAAUCUGCAGAAACAAACUCUCGGGUCCCCUGCCCCCUCCCCCCCAGCGACUCCAGGCCUGCUUGCUCGCCCUCCUCGGGGUCUCCCGGGCACAUGAAGAGGAAGAGCCUGGCAAAAAGCCCAGUUCACUGCUGCCGGAUACUGACAGGUCCGAGCCAUCCUGGGUGCAAUGAACACUCCAUGCGGGUCUCGACAUGGAAGGCUGUGACUCGCCCGUCAUCUCGGGGAAGGACCAUGGGUGCGCGCUCCCUCCGCCCCAGCCGUGGACUGAACUUGGCAGCCCGCCUGGUGCCACGGAGCAGUCUGAGGCAGGGAGCCACGGAGCCCUAGGCGGCCAGCGAGCUCCUUUCAGCGAGCGCUCCACGGACAGGGCCCCCGCGGUCUCUGGCCCCAGUGCUGAGCCGGCCGGCAAGGAGGUGAGCUGCAACGAAUGCACCACCUCCUUCACCACCUUGCAGGCCUACAUGGAGCACCAUUGCCUGGGCGGCUCCCAAGCGCUGCUCCCACUGCCCGAGGAGAGCGGGAGUGACUCUGGCGAGGAGGAGGAGGAGGAGGAAGAGGAGGAGGAGGAGGAGGAGGAGGAGACCGAUGUGGAGAACCUGGCUGGGGAGAUCGUCUACCAGCCAGAUGGCUCGGCUUACAUUGUGGAGAGUCUCAGCCAGCUGGUCCAGAGCGGGGGAGUCUGUGGGGCUGGCAACGGGACCGGCAGCGGGGCCCUCCCCUCCCUCUUUCUGAACUCUCUCCCCAGUGCGGGGGGCAAACCAAGCGAGCCCGCUUCUGCCGCAGCAGUCUACCCGCAGAUCAUCAACACUUUCCACAUAGCCUCGUCCUUCGGGAAGUGGUUUGAGGGCUCGGACCAGGCCUUCCCGAAUACCUCAGCCCUGGCAGGGGUCAGCCCUGUCCUGCACAGCUUCCGAGUUUUUGAUGUGCGCCACAAAAGCAACAAGGAUUACCUGAACAGUGACGGCUCGGCCAAAAGCUCCUGCGUAUCCAAAGAUGUUCCCAAUAACGUGGACCUUUCCAAAUUCGAUGGCUUUGUGCUGUACGGGAAGCGGAAGCCCAUCCUGAUGUGUUUUUUGUGCAAGCUGUCCUUUGGGUACGUCCGCUCGUUUGUGACCCAUGCGGUGCACGACCAUCGAAUGACUUUGAGUGAGGAGGAGCGGAAAAUUCUUAGCAAUAAGAACAUCUCCGCUCUCAUCCAAGGGAUAGGCAAAGACAAAGAACCGCUCAUCAGCUUUUUGGAACCAAAAACCAAAAACUUUCCACACCCUUUAGUCUCCACAGCUAACCUCAUAGGCCCAGGACACAGUUUCUAUGGCAAAUUCAGUGGGAUUCGGAUGGAAGGGGAAGAGGGUGGCCACGGGGAGGCUGCUCAUAGAGCCGAACAGCCCCAGUCCUGCCUCUUGGCGCCUGGGGCGCUCUUGAACCUUGGAGGGCUAACAAGUUCAGCUUUGAAGACCCCAAUUACCUCAGUCCCCCUGGGUCCCCUGGCUUCCAGUCCGCCUAAGCCCUCUGAGGACCCUGGGGUAGCCGAGUGCGAGAAGCAAGACUUGGCUGACCAGGGUCGCCUCUCAGAGAAAGUGGAGUCGGCUGGGGAGGAAGGAGAGGAGGAGGUGGAGGAGGAGGAGGAGGAGGAGGAGGGGUGCAAAGGGCUGUUCCCAAGUGAGCUGGAGGAUGAGCUGGAGGAGGACGGGACCCCCCGGGAGCCUGGGCCUGCGGCAAGUGACGGCGGCGGCAACGGCGGCAGCAGCAGCAAGAAGGACCUCGCGCUCUCAAACCAAAGCAUUUCUCCCUUAAUGCCUCCCGUGCUCCAGAGCCUGUCCAGGGGUGCGGCUUCUUCGAGUUCAAACUCGGCUUCUUCUUCCUUUGUCUUAGACGGUGCAAACAGGAGGAAUUGUUUAAGCUUUAACAGUGAGGGCAGUGAGGGCAGCAGGAGGCUGGACUUCAGCGACGAAAGUGCCAAUAGAGACAAUUCCAUCCUGCCGGAACCAAAUGAGAGCGGGGAGGGCGAGGACGGGGGCUACGCCUCCCACCACCAGCAUCCUGGGCCCCUCUGCGAACUCGGGGGAGGGGAAUGCCCCUCGGGGAGUGGGGUGGAGUGCCCCAAAUGUGAUACCGUCCUGGGCUCCUCCCGGUCGCUGGGCGGCCACAUGACCAUGAUGCACUCGCGGAACUCCUGCAAGACGCUCAAGUGUCCCCAGUGUAACUGGCACUACAAGUACCAGCAGACGCUGGAGGCUCACAUGAAGGAGAAGCACCCGGAGCCGGGGGGCUCCUGUGCCUACUGCAAGAGUGGGCAGCCCCACCCUCGGCUGGCCCGGGGCGAGAGCUACACGUGUGGCUACAAGCCCUUCCGGUGUGAAGUCUGCAACUACUCCACCACGACCAAAGGCAACCUCAGUAUUCACAUGCAGUCCGACAAGCACCUCAACAACAUGCAGAACCUGCAGAACGGGGGUGGGGAGCAGGUGUUCAGCCACUCUGCUGGGGCGGCGACAGCAGCUGCGGCAGUUGCCGCCGCCGCUGCCGCCGCCGCCGCAGCAAACAUGGGGAGCAGCUGUGGGGCCCCCUCCCCCACCAAACCAAAAAGCAAACCUACCUGGCGCUGUGAGGUGUGUGACUAUGAGACCAACGUUGCCAGGAACCUUCGCAUUCACAUGACCAGUGAGAAGCACAUGCACAACAUGAUGCUGCUGCAGCAGAACAUGAGCCAGAUGCAGCACAGCCGCCACCUGGGCCUGGGCAGCCUGCCCGCGGAGGCAGAGCUCUACCAGUACUACUUGGCGCAGAACAUGACCCUGCCCGCCCUGAAGAUGGACAGCGCUGCCUCGGAGGCGCCGUUCCUGAUGGGCGGAUUCCAGCUGGACACCACCAACCCGGCCACCUCCCUGGCCCCAUCACUAGUGGGUGGAGAGAUCCCCCUGGACAUGCGGCUUGGGGGCGGGCCUCUGGUGUCCGAGGAGCUCAUGAACCUGGGGGAGACCUUCACGCAGACCAACGACCCGUCUCUGAAGCUCUUCCAGUGUGCCGUGUGCAACAAGUUCAGUACUGACAACUUGGACCUGCUGGGGCUCCACAUGAACGUUGAGCGCAGCCUGCCGGAGGAGGAGUGGAAGGCCGUGAUGGGCGACUCGUACCAGUGCCAGCUCUGCCGCUACAACACGCAGCUGAAGGCCAACUUCCAGCUCCACUGCAAGACGGACAAGCACGUGCAGAAGUACCAGCUGGUGGCCCACAUCAAGGAGGGGGGCAAGGCCAACGAGUGGAGGCUCAAGUGUGUCGCCAUCGGGAACCCCGUGCAUCUGAAGUGCAACGCUUGCGAUUAUUACACCAACAGCCUGGAAAAGCUGCGGCUUCACACAGUCAACUCCCGGCAUGAGGCCAGUCUGAAACUCUACAAGACCCCGUGCCACCGGCUGCCGUCUCGCGCCACCUGCUCUGCAAAUUUAGGCUGUCUUGAAGGUGCCGGUCAGGACAGAUGGACCAAAGCCACUCUUCCUGGUUCUGCUACUACGCAGCACCUUCAGCACCACGAGAUCAGCAUGGAGGGGGAGAGCUGCUACUACCACUGCAUCCUCUGCAGCUACUCGACCAAGGCCAAGCUGAACCUGCUUCAGCACGUGCGCUCCAUGAAGCACCAGCGCAGCGAGAGCCUGCGGAAGCUGCAGCGCUUGCAGAAGGGCCUCCCGGAAGAAGAGGACGAGGACCUGGCGCAGAUCUUCACCCUCCGGAAGUGUCCUGCGCCUGAGGCGGAGGAGCCGGUUGAAGACACCGAAGGGCCCAGUGAGAUGGCUGCCGAUCCAGAGGAGCCUGUGCAAGACUCAGACAGCGCGGCCGACAAGGAGCAGAGCCAGUGGGCAGCACAAGCCACCCAGGCAGAGAAGGAGCUAGCGGAGUCCCCGGCAUCCUCCAGGUGCAUUGCGUGUCCAAGAGGAUCGGAGUCACCCAGCACCAAAUGGCCAAAGGUGUCCGAGGAGAGCAAGCCCGAGCAGACGUAUCAGUGUCCGUACUGCAAGUACAGCAACACGGACGUGAACAGGCUGCGGGUCCACGCCAUGACGCAGCACUCGGUGCAGCCCCUGCUGCGAUGCCCCCUCUGCCAGGACAUGCUGAGCAACAAGAUCCACCUGCAGCUGCACCUCGCCCACCUGCACAGCGUCUCCCCCGACUGCGUCGAGAAGCUCAUUUUGACGGUGACGUCGCCGGAGGUGAUGAUGCCCAGCACCAUGUUCCUCCCAGCAGCCCCCCCAGACAGAGAUGGGAACGCCAGUGCAGAGGAGGCGGCCCGGCAGCCCGAGCCCCCCGCAGACCCAGGGAAAGGCUUCCAGCCUUCGAAUAACCCGGAGCCUGGGGGAGAACCGAAGGCUGUCCCGACGGACCAGGCCUCUGCCCGAGAGGACGGCGGGUUCCUCUGCUGGAAGAAAGGCUGCAGCCAAGGAUUCAAGAGCUCCACUGCUCUCCAGGCACAUUUCAGUGAGGCGCACACCAAGCGGCCACAGCUGCCUGUCUCUGACCGGCACGUGUACAAGUACCGCUGCAAUCAGUGCAGCCUGGCCUUUAAGACCAUCGAGAAGCUCCAGCUGCACUCCCAGUACCACGUGAUCCGGGCAGCCACCAUGUGCUGCCUUUGCCAGCGCAGCUUCCGCACUUUCCAGGCCCUCCAGAAACACCUGGAGACGAGUCACCUGGAGCUGAGUGAAGCCGACAUUCAGCAGCUGUACAGCGGGCUCCUAAUCAACGGAGACCUCCUGGCCACGGGCGACCCCUCCCUGGCUGAAGAGCAGACCCUCAUUGGGGAGGAAGACAAGGAAGAGGACAGCGACUCGGAGGACAAGCAGAGCCCCACGGGGAGCGACUCCGGGUCGCUGCAGGAGGACUCUGGCGCCGAACCAAAGCGGGCUCUCCCAUUCCGGAAGGGCCCAAACUUCACCAUGGAGAAGUUCCUGGACCCGUCCCGUCCGUAUAAGUGCACAGUCUGCAAGGAGUCCUUCACACAGAAGAACAUUCUUUUGGUCCACUACAACUCUGUGUCUCACCUGCACAAGCUGAAGCGAGCCCUCCAGGAGUCCACGACGGGCCAGCAAGAGUCCACCGCCAGCCCAGACAACAAGCCCUUCAAAUGCAACACGUGCAGCGUGGCCUACAGCCAGAGCUCCACCCUGGAGAUCCACAUGAGGUCCGUCUUGCACCAGACCAAAGCACGAGCGGCCAAGCUAGAAGCUGCUAGUGGUGGCAACGGAGCCGGCGGUGGCAGCAGCAGUGUCUCCUUGGGGCCCUCCACGCCCAGCCCUGUCAGCACCACCCAUACCCCCACCACCGGCACCACCCCUGCCAGCACAGCUCCUGUCCCCAACCUCCUCAGCCAGGGCUCCUGCGAGAACGUGGGGGGCCCUCCUCUUCACACACCCCUCAGCACUGGCAGCACACCAGCCUCCGCUCCCGGCCCUUCGGAGCCCAAAGAGGUCAACCGCAAGAAACUGGCUGACAUGAUCGCCUCCCGCCAGCAGCAGCAGGCGCACGCAUUGGCGCAGGUGCAGGCCCAAGCGCAGGCCCAGCUCCAGCAAGAGCUGCAGCAGCAGGCCGCCUUCCUGCAGUCGCAGCUCUUCAACCCGGCCCUCCUGCCGCACUUCCCGAUGACCACGGAGACCCUCCUGCAGCUCCAGCAGCAGCAGCCCCAGCCCCACCUGCUCUUCCCCUUCUACAUCCCCAGCGCAGAGUUCCAACUGACCCCGGAGGUGACUCUUCCCGUGACCAGCGGCACCCUGACGCUGACGGGGGCGGGGCCCAGCCUCUUGGAUGACUUGAAGGUGCAGCUCCCCCAGCCCAACCACCCCCAGCCGCUGCCCCACGGCGUCCUCUUGCAGCCCAGCCAGCUGCCGGACAAGAAGGCCAAGCCCGCCACGGUCAAGGAGAAGGACGGCCAGAGGGAGCCGGAGAUCUACGAGAAAGGGGACGGCACCCCCGCCUCCCAGGAGCCCCCGCCCAACCCCCCCAAGCCCAGAGACAAGCCUGACUUUGGAGCCGCGGGGCCGGCAGAGCCGAUGUUACUCCCCCCGCGCAUUGCGUCUGACGCACGUGGGAAUGCCACGAAAGCCUUGCUGGAAAACUUUGGCUUUGAGCUGGUCAUUCAGUACAAUGAGAACAAACAGAAGGUGCAGAAGAAGGCGGGGAAGCCCGAGGAAGGGGGCGGGCUGGAGAAGCUGGAGUGCUGCUCCUGCGGCAAGCUCUUCUCCAACAUCCUCAUCCUGAAGAGCCACCAAGAGCACGUCCAUCAGCACUACGUCCCCUUCAAGCAGCUGCAGAAAUUUGCCCAGCAGUACCGUGAGCACUCACUCUAAUAAGCUGUACCCUAUCUGCGGCCUCAGGACUCCUCGGAGCCAGCUUCAGCCUCCUCCUCUCCCAAGCCUCCUGCCCCCCCACAGCAGCCUCCCACCCCGGUGGCUGUGCCUGCUGCCGCCCCACCCGUCUCCUCUCCCUCUGUUGCUCCAUCUCAGCCGUCUUUGCCCCUCACGCAGCUCUCCAUGCCGAUGGAGCUGCCCAUCUUCUCCCCCCUCAUGAUGCAGACGAUGCCCCUGCAGACCCUGCCCGCCCAGCUGCCGCCCCAGCUCGGCCCCGUCGACCCCUUGCCUUCAGACCUGGCUCAGCUCUACCAGCACCAGCUGAACCCAGGCCUUCUGCAGCAGCAGCAGCAGCCGCAAAGCAAGAGGCCGCGCACCCGCAUCACCGACGACCAGCUGCACGUCCUGAGGCAGUACUUCGACAUCAACAACUCCCCCAGCGAGGAGCAGGUCAAGGAGAUGGCGGACAAGUCGGGCCUGCCCCAGAAGGUGAUCAAGCACUGGUUCCGGAACACGCUGUUCAAGGAGCGCCAGCGGAACAAGGACUCUCCCUACAACUUCAGCAACCCUCCCAUCACCAGCCUGGAGGACCUGAAGGUGGACCCCCAGCCCCCCUCCCCGGAGCCCCAGAGGCACGAGUACUGGGGCAGCAAGCGCUCUUCCAGAACUCGCUUCACGGACUACCAGCUGCGGGUCCUGCAGGAUUUCUUCGAUGCCAACGCCUACCCGAAGGACGACGAGUUUGAGCAGCUGUCCAACCUGCUGAACCUCCCGACCCGCGUGAUCGUGGUGUGGUUCCAGAACGCCCGCCAGAAGGCCCGGAAGAACUACGAGAACCAGGGGGAGGGCAAGGAGGGGGAGCGGCGGGAGCUCUCCAACGACCGGUACAUCCGGACCAGCAACCUCAGCUACCAGUGCAAGAAGUGCAGCCUGGUCUUCCAGCGCAUCUUCGACCUCAUCAAGCACCAGAAGAAGCUGUGCUACAAAGACGAAGACGACGAGGGGCAGGACGACAGCCAGAACGAGGACUCCAUGGACGCGGCCGAGUUCCUGACCCCGACCAGUUCUUCCUGCAGCACCCCCAUGCCUUCCCAGGCAUACGGCACCCCCACCUCUUCCGCCAACACAGCCUCUUCCUCCGCGGCUUUUCUGACUCAAGCGGCCACUGAGGCAGACGAUUCUUCCUCCUCCUACGCUUCUAGAGCGGAAGCGACAGAUGAGAAACCAAAGCAACUCGAACCUCCAAAUACGCAGCAAAACCAAACUCCUGAGAAGCAAGUGCAGCCAAAGCAGGAGGGGCCUCCGCCACAGCAGCCAGAAGACCCCGGCGAGCAGCGGGCCGGCUCCACGCACCCCAGGCCUUCCCCCCCUAUCCUGCAGCAGCCGGUCCAGCCUCCCGCCUGUGUCCUGUCGCAGUCGAGCCCGAGCCCCUCGCAGACCUCUCACCUGCCGCUCAAGCCCCUCCACACCUCCACGCCCCAGCAGCUGGCAAACGUGCCUCCGCAGCUCAUCCCCUACCAGUGCGACCAGUGCAAAUUGGCCUUCCCCUCCUUCGAGCACUGGCAGGAGCAUCAGCAGCUGCACUUUCUGAGCGCCCAGAACCAGUUCAUCCACCCCCAGUUCCUGGACCGGACGCUCGACAUGCCUUUCAUGCUCUUUGACCCCAGCAACCCCCUGCUGGCCAGCCAGCUCCUCUCUGGGGCGCUCCCGCAGCUGCCACUGAGCUCUGCCACCUCCCCCUCCACCCCGACGUCCACCAUGAGCACCCUGAAGAGGAAGCUGGAGGAGAAGGCCAGCGCGAGCCCCGGGGAAAACGACAGCAGCACUGGUGGGGAAGAGCCGCAGCGGGACAAGCGCCUCCGCACCACCAUCACGCCAGAGCAGCUGGAAGUCCUCUACCAGAAGUACUUGCUGGACUCCAACCCCACCCGCAAGAUGCUGGACCACAUCGCCCACGAGGUGGGCUUGAAGAAGCGCGUGGUGCAGGUCUGGUUCCAGAACACUCGAGCGCGAGAGCGGAAGGGGCAGUUCAGGGCGGUGGGGCCCGCCCAAGCCCACCGGCGCUGCCCUUUUUGCCGGGCGCUCUUCAAAGCCAAAACGGCCCUCGAAGCACACAUCCGGUCCCGCCACUGGCACGAAGCAAAGAGGGCCGGCUACAACCUGACCUUGUCAGCGAUGCUUUUGGACUGCGACGGAGGCCUCCAAAUGAAGGCCGACCUCUUUGACGGAACAGGCUUUCCGCACCUGCUCCCCAGCACCAGCGACGGCCAGGCCCUCUCGCCAGUCAGCAAGUGUCUAGAGCUCUCGCCGCACACCCUGCUGAGCCCAUCGUCCAUCAAAGUAGAAGGCGUGGAGGACUUUGAGAGCCCGUCCCUGUCCUCCGUCAAUCUCAGCUUUGACCAAGCCAGGCUGGACAAUGACGACUGCUCCUCCGUCAACACAGCCAUCACGGACACCACCACGGGCGACGAGGGCACCGCCGAGAACGAGGGUGCCUCCGGGCUGGGCAUGGAAGCCAAGUGCCUGCCAGGGCCGAGCGAGGGGCUGACCAAGGCUGCCAUGAUAGCCCUGUCUGAGUAUGAGGACCGGCUGUCUUCUGGCCUGGUCAGCCCAGCUCCCAGCUUCUACAGCAAAGACUAUGACAACGAGGGCAUCGUGGACUACAGCGAGACCUCCAGCCUGGCAGACCCUUGCUCGCCCAGCCCUGGCGCAAGCGGCUCCACGGGCAAGUCUGCGGACGGCGGGGACCGGCCAGGGCAGAAGCGCUUCCGCACCCAGAUGACGAACCUCCAGCUGAAGGUCCUGAAGUCUUGCUUCAGCGACUACCGGACGCCCACCAUGCUGGAGUGUGAGGUGCUGGGCAACGACAUCGGGCUGCCCAAGAGAGUGGUCCAGGUCUGGUUCCAGAACGCCCGGGCCAAGGAGAAGAAGGCCAAGCUCAGCAUGGCCAAGCAUUUCGGCAUCAGCCAGACGAGCUACGAGGGACCCAAAACCGAGUGCACUUUGUGUGGCGUCAAGUACAGCGCCCGCCUGUCUGUCCGUGACCACAUCUUCUCCCAGCAGCACAUCUCCAAAGUGAAGGACACCAUCGGGAGCCAGCUGGACAAGGAGAAAGAGUACUUCGACCCGGCCACCGUCCGCCAGCUGAUGGCUCAGCAGGAGCUGGACCGGAUCAAGAAGGCCAACGAGGUCCUCGGCCUGGCUGCGCAGCAGCCGGGCAUGUUUGACAGCCCCCCUCUCCAGGCCCUCAACCUCCCUGCAGCCUACCCUGCCCUCCAGGGGAUCCCUCCGGUUCUGCUGCCGGGCCUCAACAGCCCUUCCCUGCCCGGCUUCACCCCUUCGAACACAGCUUUAACUUCUCCCAAGCCCAACCUGAUGGGCCUGCCCAGCACAAGCGUCCCCUCGCCUGGCCUCCCCACCUCUGGAUUACCAAAUAAACAGCCAUCUGCCUCUCUGAGCUCCCCCAGCCCAGCCCACGCGACCGCAGCCUCGGCCCCGCAGCAGCCCAGCCAGCCCACGCCUCGGAAGGACAAGGAGAGCGAGAAGGCGAAAGAGAAGGAGAAGCCCCCCAAGGGGAAGGGCGACUCCCUGCUGGCCCCCAAGGACAAAGCAGAGGCGCCUGUGCCAGCAGCCCUUCCCGCCGCACUGCCUGCCCUGGAGUACUCUGUGGAGCCCACCCAGCUGCAGGCCCUGCAGGCCGCCCUGAACUCCGACGCCACGGCUCUGCUGACGAGCCAGUUCCUUCCCUACUUCGUCCCCGGUUUCUCUCCUUAUUACGCCCCUCAGAUCCCCGGAGCCUUGCAGAGCAGCUACCUGCAGCCCCUGUACGGCAUGGAAGGGCUGUUCCCCUACAGCCCGGCUCUGUCGCAGGCCCUGCUGGGCUUGUCCUCGGGCUCCCUGCUGCAGCACUACCAGCAAUAUCAACAGAGCCUGCAGGACGCGGUGCAGACGCAACAGCGGCAGAGGCAAGUGCAGCAGCAGCAGCAGCAGCAGCCGCCCCCCAAAGGAAGCCAAACCCCGGUCCCCUCAGGGACAGUGACUCCAGACAAAGACCCUGCCAAAGAACCCCCCCAGCAAAAAGAGCAGAAGGACGCAUCCCACGAGGUGUCCCCCCACCUGCCCAAACCCCAAGAAGAGCCCGAAGCAGAAGGCCACAGCGCAGGCCCCGCCCUUUGGGACCCCUACAUCGUGCCCAAGGUGAAGUACAAGCUGGUCUGCCGCAAGUGCCAGGCCGACUUCGGCACCCGGGAGGCGGCCAGCGACCACCUGAAGUCCCUCUGUUGCUUUGGCCAGUCUGUGGUGAACCUGCAAGAGAUGGUGCUUCAUGUGCCCGCUGGCGGCAGCGGCAAGGGCGGCGGCUCAUACCAGUGCGUGGCGUGCGAGAGCACGGUGUACGGGGACGAAGCCCUCCGACAGCAUCUUGAGUCUGCCCUGCACAAACAUCGAACAAUCCCAAGAGCAGCGAGAAACGCCAAAGAGCACCCCAGUCUAUUACCUCACUCCGCCUGCCUCCCCGACCCCAGCACCGCAUCUACCUCGCAGUCUGCCGCUCACUCCAAGGACAGCCCUUCCCCCCCGCCCCCCACUGCCCCCCACGCCUCCAGAAAGGCCUGGCCUCCCCUGCGGAAGCCGCCGCCGCCGCCGCCUCUCUCCUCAUCUUCAACGGUUACCUCAAGUUCACGCAGCACCUCAGGGGUUCAGCCCUCGAUGCCAACAGAUGACUAUUUGGAGGAGUCUGACUCGGACCUUAGCCAAAAGUCUGACGGACCGGCUAGCCUGGCGGAGAGGCCUGAGGAGCCGAGCUGCCCCAAGGACCGCGGUCUCGCUAGCGCAGAAACGGACACUUUUAGAUUGUAAGCUUUGAAGAUGAACAAUUUAAAAAAUGAAUUUAAAAAAAAUUAACAAACCAAUUUCAAAAAUAGACUAACUGUAAUUCCAAAGCUUCUAACCAAAAAAGAAAAAAAAAAGAAAUGAAAAGUGUGGGGUGUUUUCCCAUAUAAGGAUGCCGGCAGGUUUUCCAUUGCUUUCUUUUGAAUGAAGCCCCAUUGUCUUUUAGCUCCACUUUGUUGGUCUCGAAGGCACGAGAUUGAGAGAUAGAGAGAAGGCAGGCAGGCAGGCUGGCUGGCUGGCUGGCUGACAGGCAUGUUCCCACUGCCUGGCCGCUGCCAGCGGGCCCCCGGCCCCCCUUCCAGGAGAGCACAGCUGAGGCCGGCGUACCUGUAUGGGAAAGCAGACCACCUGGUUCCAGUUUUAAAUGUCUUGCUAUCAUAGCGUUCCGAUACCAAUGGCUUGCUAAAAGAAAAAGAGAGAAAUGUAACGUCUUUUGAUUCUCAGGUCAAUCGCUCACACUUGGUUUGGUUUUCAGGAUCAUUGUUUUAUAUAAAUAUAUAUAUAAUUUCUUUUUGGUUUUGAUUUUUUUCCAAGAAAAGGAUUUUUUUUUUGUUAAUUUAAAAAUGGGCAGAAAGUAUUCAAGAGACAAACAAUGUGAACUGAGUUAGCUUUCUGGGGAUUCGAAUGACAGUUUCAAGGGGGAAAGUUCAGCGCUCCCACUUUUCAGAAAAAAAGGAAACGCAGCAACACAAAGAGUGUUAAGGACUUGGAGCUUAAAAAUACGUUUUAAAAACAACUGACUUUCUGUAUUUAUGAGAUAGCUAUGACCAUUUUUGGUGUUGAGUAGAUUGUUGCAUUGGAAAUGGACUGAAGCCGUGCGGUAGAUUUAAAAGCAGACCCCCCUUUUGUGUACAUGGAGCUUUUUUGUAUGGUCCUGCGGGCAGCAGCUACCCAUUCGAUGUCGUCUUGUCCAUUCCUAGCCAGAUAGAUCCGCCAUCGAUCCGCCGAAGCUUUUUCCCCUUUGUACCUUGACUCCCUUCGCCAUGCUGUAAUCUUCCACUUGCGGUCGCUGCCUUCAUUUCUUAGAGGGUGGUUGCAUAAUUAUUUUAUAAAAACUAAGGGAAAAAUUCAAAGGGUUUGGGGGUCAGUAGGAUCCCUUGCAGAAUAUUUUUGUUGGGGGAUCGAAACUUUUUAAGGUGUAUACAUGUCUGUUACCCUCGUGCACUUAACUGUGUCUUCUUUUUCUGCCUUUGACUUCUUCCUUUCCACAUUUUGUAAAUGUGUCGAAGGCUGUUUGGAACUGUCGGCCUUUGCUUCUCUUCCGGUGCUGAGGGGCACCUGUUCCUUUUCCAAAUGACUUUUGGUUUUUGUACGUGUGUGUGAUUUUGGUUUUGAUUUCCUGUUUUUGUUUCCUUUUUUUUCCUCAAAAAGAAAUUCAUGCUUUAAAUAAAAUCCAAAGACAAACCCUUUUCACCACGGUGCAGAAUGAGCAAAAGGCGUAUUUUGACUUGAGGAUUUGUUUCUGAUUUCAGCCACAAUACUCAGUUUAAAUAAAGAAACUCCAAAAAGAAUCAGCAUGUAGGUUGUGCUCGUCUGUGCUUCGGCUGCCACCAGAGGAGCAGCGGUUCCUGCGGACCAAGCCCCGCCCCCCGCGCCCCCCCUCCAAGCCACAUGGGUGGAGGGGCCUCCCCAGCAUCCCAUCCCCAAAGCACGGUGUGAGUCUCUGCUUUGCGGUCUCCCCGCUGGUCUGGACGUUGCCAGGGGAACUUGCUGCUGCUGCUGCAGGGUGGAGCUUGGAGAGGAGCAGCGGCCGUGGAAGCAUGGCUGGGCCAGAGGGCAACCAUUCCCCUCCCCUGCGUGGAUUCUGUGUCCCACCCCCCCUCGCCCCCUCUGGUUUCGAAAGGGUAGGAAGAUGGCAGAGGCAGGGGUGCUCUGUUCCAGCUCCACCCACCCACCCCUGCCCUCCACUAAGCUUUUCUUUCUGCACCUCUUGGCCUUCCUGUGCACAGAGGAGCCCACCUUGAACAGCUGUACCUAUUUCUAAUGAGGCAGAUGCAGAACGCCAAGUUUUUUCUUUCCUUUUUGAAGUUGUCCUGACCAGAGAAAGCACCGCUGAAUAUUCCUGCCCAGAGCUGGACUACGGCAGUGCCCCGCUCUCCCUCGAACACACCCACACCCCCCCGCGUGCUUCUCCCUGUGCUUGGGAUGAACUGUUUUUACAUUUAAAAAUUGUACAGGUUUCCCCACACACACACACACACACACUAUUUUAUCUGUUCCAUUUACAUACACACCAAUAAACAUGCAUACAUACAUACAUAAGUACACCUAUGUAUGUAUGUAUGUGAAGGCCAUGUAACGGUUGUAUGUUACUUUGUAUCCUAUAGAUGGGACGUUGCUUUGUUUUUGGUUCUCUGUGGUAUAAAUUAAUCAGUUUUCAGGGGAGCGUUUCUGCCCCGUUGGCUUUGGGCUCCUGUUCCUGCCCCCCUCCCUCCCCUGUGGGGAUUGAUCGCUGGGACAGAUUCUGGGUUCUCCUCCUUCCUGUCCCGCCCACCUCCCAGUCAGACACAUUUCAGUGCCUCCGUCUGAAACAGGCCCCCAUGCUGCCCCCGGCCCCUUUAGCCAAGACCCCGUCCCUGCCACGGUCUUGGGGGUCAUGGCUCAGAAGGGGGGUGCUGGGGAAAGGAGGUUGGGGAGGGGAGGGCCGGGCGAAGCCACGCCUGCCUGCGCAUUUGGAUUUCGGAGCCGUCCUGGUCUUCUCCUUGGCCUGGCUUGUUCACAAUUCUCCCUUGAUGCUGGAAACCGACCCAAGUGAGAGGCCAGCAGUGAUUUUAAUGUCACGAGUGAGUCAGUGGCCCCCGGGCAGGCAAAGGGGGACCGAGGCGCAGCAGGGUUGUCAACUCCACUCUUCGCUCUGGGCACCGUGCCCCUCAGAACCCCAGCCUGGCACCCGCUUCAGGGUGAGGGUGCCGGUUGGUGUGAUGGCACUUGCUGCCCACUGUGAAACACAAACCUUUGACUAUUUCUGUUUGUUGUGCUGCUUGGGAGGGCUGAUGUGGGCGGGAUAAGUCAGGAUAGAGCAGACAGCAUUGGUGAGGUGAAGAGGACUCUGAACAGCCUUUGCAAUGUACGAAAUAAUAGAGCAACUGAAACCAAAAACGAUGUUCUUGGUGUUUUUCUAUGAUGUCGUCUUGUUAGCUUUUUUUGUUUCUGUAACAUCUGAUCUGGGACUGUGUGACGGCGCUUGGAGACUGGCCAAGAGGAACCACACGGAACUUUGAAAGAAACCAGAUUUGUCACCAAACACUUUGUUGUCAUAGUUAAGUUGAUUGUAGAUGGUAAUUGAAUAUACUCCUUUGAAAAUAUUCCUCAAGUAUGUUUCCUGCUCAUCGUGAUACAUUAAAAAAAUGAGCGCAA